ACGACCCACCCUGCCUAAAAUCUGAAUCUCCCACGAUUUUUUACGAGCACGGAAUUGUCCCACCUCGCUUACCGACGCAUCGCGGCGCCGCUUCAAAACCCCAAAAAUUCACAAUUCACCACCGCCGCGACGGGCCCCGCUCUCUCCGAAGCCGGCCGCGCCAAGACGCCCAAAGCACACACUCUCUCUCGCUGUCUUUCUCUCCUUCCAUUUCAUUUCUACACGCACCAAACGCCCCCAAAACCACCAGAAACACACGCGCAGACGCUGCCCCGGCCCCGGCCCCGCCCCCGCCCCCAACACUCUCUCUCGGAUCCCCUUUCCUCUCUUCCUUCGCCGCGGGCGCGCCACGGCGGCGACGGGUCGGGUCUCGCUGUCGCCGCCGCUGCUGCCGAAAUGGGGUACCUCUCCUGCCGCGCGGACUCGUCGGUGGCGACGUGCCGGUCCAUCACCGCCAUAUCGCCGCUGCCGCUGUCGCGGCGGUCGGGGGUCGGCGGCAGGCGGCGCGCGCUGCCGGCGGCGGCGAGGGAGGGGGAUGGUGGGGAGGCGUCGUCCGCCGCCGCCACCAUCGAGCGGUUCGCGUACGACGAACUGGAGGCGGCGACCUCCCACUUCGCGGACGCGGCGCUGCUCGGGAGGGGCAGCCACGGGGCGGUGUACAAGGCGGUGCUCGCCUCCGGCCGCGCCGUCGCCGUCAAGCGCCCCUCCCCGCGCCGCCCCGAGGUGGACAACGAGAUCCGCAUCCUCUCCUCCGUCCGCGGCCCGCGCCUCGUCAACCUCCUCGGCUUCUCCGACUCCGGCGCCGGCGCCGGCGCCGACCAGCAGCAGCAGCAGCACCGCCCGCGCCUGCUCGUCGUCGAGUACAUGCCCAACGGCACGCUCUAUGAGCUGCUCCAUUCCAACCCGCGCCCGCCCGGGUGGCCGCGCCGCGUCCGCCUCGCGCUCCAGACGGCGCGCGCGCUCCGCGCGCUCCACGACGCCGAUCCCCCCGUCAUCCAUCGCGACGUCAAGUCCGCCAACGUCCUGCUCGACGCCAACCUCGACGCGCGCCUCGGCGACUUCGGCCUAGCCCUCCGCGUGCCCAAGCGGCUACCCGGCGACGCCGCCGCCAAUGCCGCCGCCACGCCGGCGCCGGCGGGCACGCUCGGGUACCUCGACCCGGCCUACGUCACGCCGGAGAGCCUCAGCACCAAGACCGACGUCUUCAGCUUCGGGAUCCUGCUGCUCGAGAUCAUGAGCGGCCGCAAGGCCAUCGACGUCCAGCACUCGCCGCCGUCGGUGGUGGAGUGGGCGGUGCCCCUGCUGCGGAAGGGGAAGGUGGCCUCGCUGUUCGACCCACGGGUGGCGCCGCCGCGUGACCCGGUCACCCGGAGAGACCUAGCCGCUCUGGCGGCGAGCUGCGUGCGGUCGUGCAGGGAGCGGCGGCCGUCGAUGGCCGACAUAGUUGAUCGGCUUGUGGUUCUCAGCAAGGCCGUGUCGGGCAAAAUGUGGAACGGACUCGCCGUGGUUGGGAACCCCUGCGCUGUCGUGGAUGUCCAGAAGACCAUCGCGAAGCGAGCUGCUGCUGCUGCUGCAGGCGAUAGAGCCGCGUCGCAGCGGGAGCUGACUUCGGCAUUGGCAUUUGAUGAUGAUGAGAAGAAAGAGGAGGAGGAUGCGCCGAAUGCAGGUGCGUUAGAGGAGGAUGAGGUGCCAUUGGUGGGUGCGAAGAAAGCACCCCGGCCAUUGAAGAAUGGGAAGAUGUUCUCUGAGCCAGGGGCAAGGGAGAGGAGAAAUCUCUUGGAGCUCAUGGCUCGGAUUGAUGGUGUCGCCGGCCAAAGAUUUGGCAUAACUCGGGCAAGAACAGUGCGUGCCGCUAGUGAAUCUAUCGAAAAAGAUGCGGCGGUGUUGCUCCUGAGGAGAAAUCAAACUGUGAAAGUACUUGGAUCGGAGGCCCUUUCUAAAGCUGAUAUCUUUUCAAGUUUGGAUGCAAAAAUCAAGCAUGAAUUGGGGAAAGAGCAGCAAGAGGAGGCAGGAAAAAUCAAGCAUGAAUUGGUGAAAGAGCAGCAAGAGAAGGCAGGAAAUAUCAAGCAGGAAUUGGUGAAAGAGCAGCAAGAGAAGGCAGGAAAUAUCAAGCAGGAAUCAGGGGAAGAGCAAGAGAAGGCAGGGAAAACCAAGCAUGAUGCAGGGAAAGGGCAUGUUGAGAAGGCAGUGGGAAUCAAUCUUGAAGCAGGGAAGGAGCAGGAGAAAGUAGAGAAAAACCAAGAGAAAGAAAUGAAAAUCCAAGAAAAACUUGGGGAAAUCUUUGAUAAAGCAAUGAAAUCUGAAGAAAAGACAGGGCAAAAUCCUGGCAUAGAAAAGAAAAUCCAAGACACGGCAGAGAAGAAACAAGAGCAUGAUGCUAGGGUAGUCCAAGACAAAGUGGAGAAGAUCCAAGACGAAGCCAAGAAAAUCCAAUGAGUGUAAAGAGUUAAAAUAAUGCAACUGUUCUUAAUCAAUUAUUGCUUGGCAGUUGAUCUGAGGACAAGGCCCAUCAUGUAUGGAUCUCAUUGCUUCGAUGUCAUGAUGAGAUUUCUAGUUCUAGAGAUAAGAUCCUGGAAAUCACUUACCAGCAACCUGGCCAUCCAUUUCGGAAAUCGGUACUGUGCUGGUAAUGUCAUCAAGGCUUAAGUCCUAAGGUCUCCGGUGAUAACCAAUGCAACACAAACUGUGGUUAAUCCUCUGUAAGAUUGACUGGAUCAGGAAGGCUGGAAGGCUGGAAGUCUGAGCAGCAAGGCACGGUUGAUCAACAAUACCUAUUGUUGAGCAUUUGAGAUUUGUUAAUGAAAUUCAUUCUCCAUGUUAGCAACCGUUAAUCGAGCAGCAAGGCACGGUUGAUCAACAAUACCUAUUGUUGAGCAUUUGAGAUUUGUUAAUGAAAUUCAUUCUCCAUGUAAGCAACCGGUAAUCAUUUUGCUGCUUCAGUUCAAGUUUGGAGCUUUAAAAUGAUCACUAGUUGGAAGUAGAUUGUUGUAGCUUUUGCCCAACUUCUUUGAUUCAUUUUUUUUCCCUAUCUGCAUAGAAGAAUCACCAACUGUUCUGUUGAUUGUAUGUAGAUAGGAAGCAGAAGUGCAAUGUUAAGGAAAAAAAGUAUUUUAUCAUUUUCAUCUUGAGGUACAUAAAGAAAAUUUCAUUCUA